AAUAAAAAUAAAAAUACACAAGAAAGGAGAUGAUAGAAUCAUUGCGGAUUUCAUGUUUCCAUCUUUCUCUUACCAUUUUUCUACUUGUUCUUCUGCAUGUUUCUUAUGCAUUGGUGACCUCGGAUUCAGUCUACGACACUUUUCUCCACUGCCUACAAAAACACACCAACGAAUCUGACCAAGUUUCCAACAUAAUCUAUGCCCAAACGAACGCUAACUACUCAACUGUGCUUCGCAAUUACAUCAGAAAUGCCCGGUUCAACACCUCCUCCACAAGAAAACCUCUGCUCAUCGUCACCCCAUCUCUCGAAUCCCAAGUUGGAGCCACCGUGGUUUGCUCCCAAACCAUUGGAAUACAACUCAGGAUAAGAAGCGGUGGUCAUGACUUCGAAGGGAUCUCCUACGUCUCCUACAACGCGCCGUUUAUCAUCCUCGACAUGUUCAAUUUCAAGAGCAUCACCGUUGAUACAGACGACGAGUCGGUUUGGGUUCAGGUAGGAGCUACGCUUGGAGAGCUUUAUUACAGCAUUUGGGAGAAAAGCAAAGUCCAUGGUUUCCCCGCGGGAGUUUGUAGCACAGUCGGCGUCGGUGGGCAUAUCAGCGGUGGUGGAUACGGCACUAUGAUGCGAAAAUUCGGCUUGACGAUUGACAAUGUUCUCGACGCAAAGAUAGUCGAUGUCAAUGGGAAUGUCUUGGAUAGAAAAUCAAUGGGAGAAGAUCUUUUCUGGGCUAUCAGAGGAGGUGGAGGAGCGAGUUUUGGAGUCGUGUUGUCGUACAAAUUGAAGUUAGUUCCUGUCCCAGAAACGGUAUCUGUUUUCAGCUUCGAAACAAUAUUGGAUCGGAACACCAUGACGACUGACAUUGUUUAUAGGUGGCAAGAAGUUGCUCCCAAUAUUGACAAUGCUCUUUUCAUGAGGUUGCAUCUGAAACCAGUAAAUUCGAUGGUGAGGAAGAGAGAGAAGACAAUUAUAGCUUCGAUAAUGGCCCUCUACCUUGGAAAAGCAAAGCAACUGAUUUCCUUGUUGGAGGAGGAGUUUCCGGAGCUGGACUUGAAGAAGAACGAUUGUACGGAAAUGAGUUGGAUUGAUUCGGUGCUAUGGUGGAAUGGUUUCGCCGUUGGAACUUCCCCUCAUGCGCUGCUGAACCGAAAUCUAAACUCGGCCGGUUUCCUCAAAAGGAAAUCGGAUUAUAUUCAGAAACUAAUUUCCAAAGAUGGGUUGGAGUGGGUUUUCAAGAAGAUGAUCGAAUCAGGCAAAACUGGUUUGGCUUUGAGCCCUUAUGGUGGAAGAAUGAGCCAAAUCUCUGCUUCUGAGACACCAUUUCCACACCGAGCAGGGAAUUUGUACAAAAUAGAGUACUCGGUGAAUUGGGAAGAAGAGGGAGAAGAAGCAGAGAAGAAUUAUAUAACACAGAUUAGGAGGCUUUACAGUUACAUGACCCCAUUUGUGUCCAAGAACCCAAGAAGUGCUUUUCUGAAUUAUAGGGAUCUUGAUAUUGGAAUCAGUUCCAACGAUGAAAAUAGCUAUGAAGAUGGGAAGGUUUAUGGGUUGAAGUAUUUCAAUGACAAUUUUUAUAGGUUAGUAAAGGUCAAGACUGCGGUAGAUCCACACAAUUUCUUCAGGAAUGAACAGAGCAUCCCAACUCUUCCAAAGUAAGGCACAGGAAAAUUUUAUUGUCCCUUGUGUGCCGAUGUCUUUUUUGCUAGCGACAAAACUAGUCUCUUCCAUAAUAUGUUUCAGAAAGAUAUGUGGUGCGAUUUUAUGUGACAAAAACUAUUAUUAAA